AAGAGUGACCCUUAUCUCUUUUAAAACCCCUUGUCUUUUUUGGUCAUUGUAAAACCCUUCACCUCUUUCUCUCUCUAGAACUAGAACUAGAACUAGAACGAUACUAUAAUCUUCUUCUGUUCCAAACCUUAGCUAUAGUAUGUUCACUGUCAUGCCUAAACUGAAAACUUUGUAACUCAACUUCUUCUCCAAUGUCUUCUCUUUCCUUUGCUCACUUUCUUCCACUUCCCAGGUGCCACUUAACUUGGUCUUAUAGUUAUGCUUCUAUAAACUUACUGCAACCUGGGGAUCUUAGGUUUCAGUGUAAAUCUGGUCAUGUGGCAAUGGCUAGGAAGAAAGCUUCUCUAGUUUCUGUUGAAGAAGAGACUAGUGAAAAUGAACCUGUGGUGAAAAAGAAGGCAACUAAGGCAUCUAAAGCUAAGAAGGUGUCGGCGAAGACGAAGAAAAAAUCAAUAGUUGAGUCUCCUGAAGGGACAAUUGAUUUGUUGGCAAGUGGAGAUAAUAAUGCUUCUGUUGUAGAAGGUUCAUCUCCCUCUAGUGAUGAUGGUUCCAAGAAGAAAACUCUGAAGACUAAAAAAAAAGAUGCAUCUACUUCUGCUGUUUUGAAAGAAGUUAAAGAAGUUAAGGAAGUGAAAAAGGUUACGAGACGAAGGAAACCUAAAGAGGAGAAGGUAAUUUUAGAGGAUAAAGAAGGUGAAUUCGAAAUAAAUGACCAAGUUGAGCCUUCCUUUAUUGAAAAUGUGGAGGGUGAGAACGACGAUGGUUUUCAACUGGUAAAAGAUGAUGGAGAGGACAUUAGCGAUACUUACGGUUGGCCUCCCCUUGUUUGUUGCUUUGGAGCUGCACAACAUGCUUUUGUGCCUUCAGGUAGGCCUGCCAAUAGGCUUAUAGAUCAUGAACUUCAUGAAAGAAUGAAGGAUGUGCUUUGGAGCCCUGAAAAAUUUGUUAGGGCUCCUGGCGGUUGUGCCGGUAGUGUUGCCAUUGCUCUUGCAAGUUUGGGUGGCAAGGUUGCUUUUAUGGGAAAACUUGCAGAUGAUGAUUAUGGUCAAGCGAUGCUGUAUUAUAUGAACGCAAAUAACGUUCAAACACGAUCAGUCUCUAUUGAUAGUAAAAGGGCAACGGCUGUGUCGCUGAUGAAGAUUGGUAAAAGGAAACUUAAAUUGAGUUGUGUGAGACCGUGUGCUGAAGAUUGUUUGACAAAGGCAGAGAUAAAUAUUGAUGUGUUGAAAGAGGCCAAAAUGUUCUACUUCAACACACAUUCCCUCCUUGACCGUAACAUGAGAUCCACGACAUUGCAAGCUAUCAAGAUUGCAAAGCAUUUCGGAUCGGUUAUUUUCUACGAUGUAAACCUUCCUAUGCCACUAUGGCACUCACAGGAAGAAACUAAGACGUUCAUUCAACAAGUGUGGAAUCUUGCAGACAUUAUUGAGGUCACUAAGCAAGAACUGGAGUUCUUAUGUGGGAUCGCACCAUCUGAAGAAUUUGACACCAAAAACAAUGCCAGGUCAAAGUUUGUCCAUUACGAACCCGAAGUAGUUGCACCACUAUGGCACGAAAAUCUUAAGGUUUUGUUUGUGACUAAUGGAACUUCCAAGAUACAUUACUACACUGCUGAAUUCGAUGGUUCUGUUAGAGGGAUGGAAGAUGCGCCAAUUACCCCUUUCACUAGUGACAUGUCAGCAUCUGGAGACGGCAUUGUUGCAGCUAUCAUGCGAAUGUUGACGGUUCAACCUGAUUUGAUCACUGAUAAAGGAUACCUGGAGCACAGCAUCAAGUAUGCAAUUGAUUGUGGGGUUAUAGAUCAAUGGAUUCUUGGUCGAGUACGCGGCUUUCCUCCGAAGGAAGAUAUGGAAGACAUUUCUCCUGAUCCAUAUGGCAUAAAGACGAUUACUGAAACAGAGUACCGAACGUUAUUAGAGCCAGUUAGUUGAACCAGGUGAUAACCAAGUAACAUCAGUUUUGUUCCUUACAUGUCUCACAGUGAAACUCUCUUGUAUAGAAAACUGUUUCAUUUAUUGAUUUGCUUCUUUAUCUGUUUUCUGUUGCUAGAAGUUAUAUUGCCUUAGACUUAGUUCUUAGGUUUUUGUAUCUCACUUUUGGUUGUACUAAUUUGUUAUACGGAUUUUAUCUCUCGAAAUUUUAAUUCUUAUUGUUAUCA